GAAAAAAAAAAAAUUGUUCUAGUUUUAAAGAUACUUCUAAACUAAAAGGAAAUAAUUCUGAUAUCGCCAGCACAUCAAAAGAUAUGUUAAGAUCAACCAAAAAAUUAAAGAAAAAAUUUAAUCGGUCUAAAAGCCAAUGUUCAACGCCAUUACAGAGUUCUACAUUCAAUACACAUCAAAAUAAACUAAAUAAUAGAAAAAAAAGUAAAAUUCAAAAAAAAUUGGUAAAUGUCUUUGAUGCUCAAUUAUCUUCAAACAACUAUAAAAAAUCAAAUUUACAAUUAAAUAGUUCUUCAUCAAUUGGAAUAAACGAUAGAUGGAACCAAUUUGAACAAUCCAUUCAAAUAGCUGGUUCUCGUGGUUUACCAUCAUCAAACAAACAAAAAAGUAAAAAAUACACUUAUGCAUUAAAUUCAAUUGUUAAUAAUGGUAAAAAAAAUCGCAAAGUUGUUUUAAAUAAAUCAAAGAGACAUUGUAUAAAAAAAAAAAAGUCCAGUUCAAAAGAGAAACAUUCAGAUUGGUACCAGAAAGUAAUGGAUAUUAUUGGUAUUAAAAAGAACUAUUCUUUCAACAAUUUACAUAAUAAAGAUCAUAAGAAUGAAGAAAUUAAAACUGAUAAAAGUUUAGAAAAUCACUGUUCUAAAUCAGCUACACCUUUGAAAAGUAUGAAUAAUAAGCCAUUGGAACAACAAAUAUUAUCAACAUCAUCAUCUCCCAAACUAAAUAAUAAAUCAUUUCAACUUCUAAAACACAUUGAAGAUAUUGAAGAUAUAAAUGAAGUUAUUAAUAAGUCACAACAAUCCUAUGAGUUACAUGAUGAUGAUGAUACAUCUGAUUCAUACUGCAAUUCUUUAUAUGACACAUACUAUGAAGUUAAUGAAAAUAAAAUAAUUGAAAGCAUUAGAUCUUCAAGUGAUGUUUGUACAAGUGAUAGUAUUGUUAGUGAUGAACCAUUUUAUGGUAAAAUAAAAACUAUAGAUAAUAAAUCACCUCAACAAAAUACAUCUCCAUUAAACAGCAUAAAUAUUUCAUGUAAUUUAAACUUAAAUUGUUCUAUUGAUUCUUGUGCAGAUUCCCUUGAUAUUAAAUUGGUAAACAUCUUAGAACGAUGUGAAGUUCCAAAUGUUGAUCAUAAAUUUAAUAAUCAACAAUCUGUUUGUAGUGAAUCUAAUUCAAAAUCUUUCAUUUUACAAGAUGUUAUGAACAGAUUUUCUGACAUUUCAAUAAAAAAUGAAAUCACAAACCAUGAUCAUUCAUUAGAUAAAUCUAUACCCAAUAUUUUAAGUAAUAGCUCUGCUUUACAAAGUUCAUAUUUUUCGGAACAAGAUACUGUUAUUUAUAAACAAAAUUGUACAAAUGAUCUUUCAAUAGAAAAUCCAAGUAACUCAAAUUGGUUUUUUGAUGAAAGUGUGCCCCUCAUAACCCCCAGUAAACAUUCUUCGAAAGAAAAUAGUUUGAAAAAUGAUAUUAUGUAUGAUAGUAUAAGUUUAUCUAAAAGUAAAGAUAUCACUUCAGAUUUCAUAUUAAACGAUCAUAUCCAAAAAACUCAAAUUCAAGAGAAUUCUCUUAUAGAUAUAUCUCCUAUUAAAUAUGAACAAAACACUACCAUUGAAGAUUGGACGAAUACUUCUUGUAAUUCAUUUAAUGACUUGAAAGAAAUUAACACGAUGAAUGCAUUUCGGCGAAAAAGAUAUGGCACCCGAUUUCAGAAUAAUUUUAAUGUAAUUGAAGAGUCAUUUGAUGAAAAUGAAAUUGAGAUUAAAAACUCCACUCAAAAAUACAUUGACUUAUCACAAUCCACACAAUACCAGCAAAAUAUACAAGGUUUUCGAUUAGAACCUGGUAAAAAGUGGCGUCGUUCUAUAAUAAUUGUACGUAAUUUUAUUGAUGGUAAUUUGGAUCAGACUGUGAACUUUUCUCAAAACAUUACCAGAGGUCGAAAAUGGAUUUCUACAGUUGAUGAAGUAUUACGUCAACAAGCUAUUGAUACUACUAUUCAUCAAAGGUUAAAUCAAAACAAUAAUUUCAGAAAUUCAAUAAAUAAUACCAGCCAACAAUUUGCUAAGAGGAAUUCUACUGAUUUACAAAAUGAAAUAGCUAGAGAGUAUAUUUUCAACAUAUGUAAUCAACAAUAUCCUAUUUCAUUUGAAUCUUGGUUAAAACCAAAGAAAAGAAAAAAAUGGGGUAAAGUUGGAGAAGGUGUAUUUGGAGAGGUAUUUAGCUAUUCAGAUAAAAAAAGUAAUACAGUAGUUAAAAUUAUCCCCAUUGAAGGGAAAGAUUAUAUUAACAGUGAAAAACAAAAAAUGUUUUAUGAAGUUUAUACUGAAAUUUUAAUUGCAUCCGAGUUAAAUAAAUUGUUUAACAAAAAUGGCUGGAAUCAAUCUGAUUCAUUUUGUAGACUCAAAAAUAUUUCAUGUGUUCAAGGAAAGUAUCCAACACAUUUGAUUGACCUCUGGGAACAGUAUAAUAAUGAAAAAGGUUCAGAUAAUGAUAAUCCUCACAUACUCCCUGAUAACCAAGUAUAUAUAGUAUUAGAAAUGGUAAACGGUGGCAUUGAUGUUGAAAGUUAUAUAUUCAAUUCAGCCUACCAAUCGUUAUUUGCAUUUUUACAAAUUGUGUUUGGAUUAGCUGUAGCAGAGCAGCAAUAUAAUUUUGAGCAUAGAGAUUUGCACAUAGGUAAUAUUCUUGUUAAAAGAAUUGCUGUUAGUCAACGAAUUUCAUUCAAAUUGGAUGGUGAUAUAUUCACCAUACCUUCUCAUGGUGUUAAGGUUACAAUAAUUGAUUUUACUUUAAGUAGAAUAACUCAUUACAAUAAAUCUGUUUACAAUGAUCUCGCUGAAGAUACUGAAUUGUUUACUUCUGAUGGUGACUAUCAAUUUGAAAUAUAUCGUUUGAUGCAAAAAGAAACUAAUGAUCAAUGGGCAUUAUAUAAACCAAAAACGAAUAUCUAUUGGUUACAUUACGUGUUGGAUAAAAUGCUAGAAACCGUGCAUUAUAAAAGAACAACAACAGCUGUACAUAACUCUGGAUUAAAACAUUUGCAAAAAUUGAAAAAUUCAAUAUUAUUGUAUGAUAGUGCAAAAACUUUUGCUAAAAGUGAUUUGGUAUCAGAUUUAAUUGCAUAAUAAAUUUUUAUUGUUACAUCUUUUAAAUAUUUAUUUAAACCAAGUUUUAUGUUAUAAAUAUGUUGGUAGAUA